AUGGACAGAGCUAUUGUAAAGGGUCUCAAUGACAAGCUAUAUGAGAAACGGAAGGCCACGGCGUUGAACUUGGAAAAACUAGUCAAGGAGUGUCUGGCUGAAGAAGACUAUGAGAGAGUAGAUAAGAUUCUCGACGAGCUUUGUCGGGAUUUUGCGUACGCUUUGCACCAGCCAAUGGCCAGAAAUGCAGGUCUGAUGGGUCUGGCAGCGUGUGCAAUCGCACUGGGCUCAACAGAGGUAGCACGGUAUUUGGACCGCAUCCUGCCGCCCGUUUUGGCGUGUUUCGGGGACCAAAACGACCAGGUCCGAUUUUAUGCGUGUGAGAGUCUGUACAACAUCGCGAAGAUCGCGAAAGGCGAAAUACUAGUGUAUUUCAACGAAAUAUUCGAUGUGCUCUGCAAAAUAAGUGCCGACACCGAAACUUCGGUCAGGGGUGCAGCAGAGCUGCUGGACCGUCUCAUCAAAGACGUUGUGGCCGAACGUGCCUCUAGCUAUGUGAGCAUUGUCAACAACGAUCCCAAAGAUCUUCCCCCCGCAACUCGCACCGACGUUCAAACCGGCGAGGUUUUGCGUGAAGAGCACAAACAGCAGCCCGAGUUUGCGUUCUCGUUACCGAAGUUCAUCCCUCUUUUAACUGAGCGCAUAUACGCCAUCAACCCAGAUACCCGCAUGUUUCUCGUUUCGUGGCUGCAAGUUCUGGAAAAUAUUCCGGAUCUCGAGCUUAUAUCGUAUUUGCCAUCCUUCUUGGGUGGUCUUUUCACCUUUCUUGGCGAUUCCCACAAGGAUGUCAGAACGGUCACACACUCGCUCAUAGAUUUGCUGCUUCACGAAGCGCAACGCAUAUCUGAAGUUAAGGCCAUCGUUCAGAAAAAAGUAUCCGAUAAGAAACAAAGGCAAGUCAACCUCGAGGAGGUUGCUUCCGUCAAAAAGCAAGACGGCAUGCUGAUCAGUGAAAGGAAGAAAUCAUUGUUGACUGCUUUCGAACAGCUUGCGAUGGUGAACAACUCCAGCCCGAGUAAAAGCAGAGUUUCAUCAGCCACCGAAGAUUGUAAAACUAAUGAAGCUUUCACUGUUGGGGCAGCUGCAGAAGAAGUUGAAAAAGGUGGCACAAAUUCAUUGGCAGAUUCAGAAUCUCAGGAGCUAGGCAAUGGUGAUCUUUAUUCCCCUGGUGAAGACGUUCAUUUAGAUUAUCCAAAAGUCAUUGAAAUUUUGAUCAACACAUUAGGAUCUUCCGAGCCCGAGAUCCAGCUGGUAGUCUUGACAUGGAUUGAAACCAUUCUGGACAUUUGCCCAUCCGCCUUUUUGCCUUUUCUGUCGCGUUUGCUUUCUUUACUCCUGAAGAUACUCAAUGACGUCGAUUCUAGGGUUAGAAAGCUGGCUCAAACGGUAAAUGAAAAGCUAAUUGACUUGACGGGCAAAUUUGAUUACAACGAUGGUCCGGAAACGAUAAAUUAUGGUCCUAUUGUCAACACUUUGACAUUGCACUUUUUGGACAGUGAUGUUGUUGCCAAGGUUGCUUGUCUUGACUGGUUGAUCUUGAUAUAUCAGAUUGUUCCCAAUCAAAUCCUAGAACACAGCGACAGCACUUUCCUCACCUUGUUGAAAUCACUGUCCGAUAGAGAUAAUCAAUUGGUCUCAAAAGCUCUGCACUUAUUGAGCAGCCUCUGCAAUAACUCUAACGAGGAGUACUUCAAGAAACUCAUCAAAGAUCUACUACUUCUCUUCAAGAAUGACGCAAAGCUUUUGAAAACAAGAGCGAAUCAUAUCUUCAGACAGCUAGGUAUAAAGUUAUCUGCGGAGAGGGUUUACAACGUGGUAUCAUCCAUACUGGAAGAGGGGGGAGAUCUUCUGUUUGUGCGGAUGAUGAUUCAAAUACUGAAUACCAACCUUAUUACGGCCCCCGAGCUGGAAGGAUUGCGAAAAAAACUAAAAACUGGUGCUGAUAGUGAGUUUUUUUGCUCGCUUUUCAGGUGCUGGUCUCACAAUCCUACCUCGCUGCUUGCUCUCUGUCUCCUAGCAGGUAAAUAUGAACUUGCAUAUUAUGUUCUGCAAACUUUUGUUGAAUAUGAGCUAUCGGUCAAUGACCUUGUGCAAAUUGACAUUCUUGUUCAACUUCUGGAAUCACCAAUUUUCACCAGCUUGAGGCUACAGUUAUUGGAACAAGAGCGGUAUCCAUACCUUUACAAAUGCCUGUAUGGAAUUUUGAUGGUGUUGCCUCAAUCAAAGGCUUUUCAAAUUUUAAACACUAGAUUAGGAAGUGUCAGUGCGCUAGCCGCUCGUAAAAUACCUCCUAGUCCUUUUUACAAAUUGAACGAUGGAACUAGCAGUAUUAAUGGAUCUCUAUCUUCCGAAUCUCUGAAUUCGGCGGGUUCUCUACAUCACAAGAGAACUAAAUUUCUCGGACUUUUAGACCACUUCAGAAGUGUCUGCGAAACUGAGCUAAGCUCUCCAAGAAAAACUGGCGUUGACGAUUCAAGCUUUGCGUUGCUGGAUCACGUUUUGACUCCUGAUCCCAUGCUCGGUUGUGGACGUCAACCGGAUGACGGGACUGAGGACGACAACGAUAAUGCAUCUGUGGUAUACCGGGGAUGA